AUGACGGUCUCGCACGAGCGCGUGAUCGAGGAGUGGCGCAAGCGGGAAGAGAGCGGGCGGCGCGGCAUCAGCCUUGUCGUCGUGGGCCACGUCGAUGCCGGCAAGUCCACGCUCAUGGGCCGCUUGCUGCAUGAGCUGGGCACGCUCUCCGACAAGGAGCACACGAGCAACGAGCGCGCGAGCGCGAAGAUCGGCAAGGGCAGCUUCGCCUAUGCGUGGGCGCUCGACUCGAGCGAAGAGGAGCGGGAACGCGGCGUGACGAUCGACGUUGCGCAAGACACAUUCUUGACGCCGAACCGGCGCUUCACGCUCCUCGACGCGCCCGGUCACCGCGACUUCAUUCCCAACAUGAUCUCGGGCGCCGCACAGGCCGACGCAGCCGUGCUCGUCGUCGAUGCGUCAAAGGGAGGCUUCGAGUCGGGCUUCGGCGAGCGCGGCCAGACGCGCGAGCAUGCCAUUCUGGUGCGCAGCCUGGGCGUGCAGCAGCUUGUUGUCGCGGUGAACAAGAUGGAUGCGGUCGACUAUGAUGAAGAGCGCUUCAAGUUCAUCGUCGAUGCCGUCAAGCCCUUCCUGGCGCAGAGCGGCUUCGACGCAACCAAGGUCACCUACGUGCCUGUCGGCGCUGCGGUCGGCGAGAACCUGGUCGAGCGGACAGCAGACGGCCCACUGGCCUCGUGGUACACUGGUCCGUCCCUGGUUGCCGUGCUCGAUGAGCUGGCACCGCCGAGCCGCCAGAUCGACGCACCACUGCGUAUGCCAGUGACGAAUGUCUUCCGCGGCCAGACGGCCAUCUCAGCGGGCGUCGGCGCCUCGGGCCGCGUCGUCGGCGGCCUACUGUCUGUCGGUGAUCGCGUGCGCAUCGUGCCUGGCGAUGAGUCUGCUGUGAUUCGCGCACUGGAGCAGGACGGCGAGACGGUGCCGUGGGCCGUCGCAGGCUCGGCCAUCACGGCCUACCUGUCGGGCAUCGAGAUGAACAUCGUCAACAUCGGCUCGGUGCUGUGCCCGCCAAGCGCGCCCGUGCAGCUCGCGACAAGCCUGCUCGUACGCGUGCUCGUCUUCGAGCCUUCGCUGCCGCUCAUGGUCGGCACGCCGAUCGAGCUCUUCCACCACUCGUCGAAUCUCUCAGCCGUGCUCACAGAGCUCGUCUCGACGAUCGACCCCAAGACUGGCGAGGUGCUGAAGCGCAAGCCGCGCGUGCUUAGCCGUGGCGUCACGGCUACAGUGCGCAUCACGCUGCAGGCGCCUGGCCCGAUCGAGCCGGCAUCAGUGAACAAGGACAUGGGCCGCGUGAUCUUGAGAAUGCGAGGCGAGAGCGUGGCCGCGGGCGUCGUGCUCGAAUGCAACUGA